GUAAAAUGCAGAUGUGGAGAUCUAUCCUGGCCGAACACCAAGUAUAAACAGAGGCAAAAGUCACUUUGAGGAGACAGGAUGUGUAAUGGUUAGAUCACUUCCACUGAAAUAUGUGUGUGAGCGGAUUUGGGCUGCUACCGGAUGACCCGCUCUCUGUUGAUGUUGGACCCCCACCCUCCGCUGAGCUCCGCACUCCGUCUUACUUUCAUCAGCAUCUCCGUGACCAUGUGUGUUGUCUGCACUGUCAGCAAAGCUCCGUCUAGAGUCUUGGUCUUGGGAACAGCAAAGUCAUUCGACAUUGCACUAACGUCGAAAUCCAACUUGGAGAAACUUUCCCAAAUUGGUUCCACACUCCUCCUCGCAUGCAUGACUCGAAGAAGAACCCCGCCUUUCCCCUGCGGAUUGGCGCUGCGGUGAGAGGGCAACAUACAAACCCGGGUUGAGUUCUUCCUCUUUCUAAUCACGAGCUACCGAUGCAGCUGCCCCUCAGUCCGUCGGAAAUCUCCGACGAAUCGACAUUCGUCAGGCUCCAAACUUAACAUCAAGAAGGUUCGCUGGUAUGCUGCCCCUACUCUGCCUGGCCUGUUUGCUGGGCCAGCUCCCGGCCUGCCCGGCAGCGUCGGUCCGCACGGCAGCAGCGGGCGGCCCGCGCCGUGUCUUGCCCUCCAUCAACGAGCUGCCCUUCAUGACCGUGUGGAACGCGCCCACCGCGUUGUGCGAGAGCCGCUUCGGCGUGGACCUGGACCUCACGGUCUUUGACAUUGUGGCCAACCACGACCAGGUCUUCAUGGGCGACAACAUCACCAUCUUCUACGAGCGGCAGCUGGGCCUGUACCCGCACUACACGCCGCUCGGCGCCUCCGUCAAUGGCGGCUGCCCGCAGAACGCCAGCCUGGACGACCAUCUGUGGAAGGUGGACAGCGACCUGCGGGCGCUGAUGCCCGAGCGCGAGUUCCGCGGCCUGGCCGUCGUCGACUGGGAGAGCUGGCGGCCGCUCUGGGAGCGCAACUGGGACAGCAAGAGCGUCUACUGGGAGGCCUCGCGCGUCAUGGUCAAGGAGCGCCACCCCGACUGGCCGCCCGAGCGCGUGGAGUGGGAGGCCCGCGACCUCUUCGAGUGCGCCGCCAAGGCCUUCAUGGAGGACACGCUCAAGCUGGUGACGCGCGAGCGCCCCGGGGGCCUCUGGGGCUUCUACGGCUUCCCCUGCUGCUACAACUACCAGUACAAGGACCUGACCAAGAACUACACCGGCGAGUGCCCCACCGCCGAGCUGAAGCGCAACGAGGAUUUGCUGUGGCUGUGGAACGUCAGCAGGGCGCUCUACCCCGACAUCUACCUGGACCUGAGUCUCAGGGGCAGAGACAAGGAGCUCACCCUGUACGCCAGGCACCGCAUCCAGGAGGCCUUCCGGGUGCAGAAGCUGGCCACCACCCCCAUCCUGCCUCUCGUGGUGCCCUACGCCCGCAUCGCCUACACCUACUCUCUGGAGUUCCUGUCUGAGGAGGAUCUGAUUCACACCGUGGGGGAGAGCGCUGCUUUGGGCUCUGCAGGAGUGGUGUUGUGGGGAGAUGCCACCUACUCUGAGUCGAAGGUGUCCUGUGACACGGUGAGGAGCUAUGUGGACGAGACAUUGGGCCGCUACAUCGUAAAUGUCACCACCGCCACCGACAUGUGCAGCCGCACCCUCUGCCACGGCAACGGGCGCUGCCAGCGCAAAGACCCCAUGUCUGGGGCCUACCUCCACCUGGACCCUACGGUCUGGAGCAUCCUGCCCAGGGCCCAGCACGGCGGGAAGAUGCACGCCCAAGGCCCAGCCUUCAAGGCCCAGAGGAAGCCUGGCGUCACGCAGGACAACCUCAAGUCUCAGCUCUCGCCCUUCAAGUGCCAGUGCCACCCUGGGUGGAUGGGCGUGCACUGCAACGUCAGGAUCCUACCCACCGCUGGAUACUAACUCUAAGAUGACUUCUAACAGGACAGGGCAGGGCAGGACGGGACGGGGGAGGUUUAAUGGAGAAUUGCAGCUAAUUUCAACAUGCAGUUGUAUUGCACACACUCUACCUUUGACUUGUCGGUACCCAAAGAUUUUUUUUGUUUUGUUCAGCCCUUUCUGAGAUCCUGGCCUGAGUCAAUGGUAGAGUGAGCAAAACAACUUUGUGCGGAAAUUGGCCUGAAUGCUCCUUUAACAGUUCAAAGUGAGAUGAGAUGGCUUUGUUACUAAUGUGCGUAACUCUUCUUAAUCUUACUCAAAGCAUACUAAAGUUCCAUUGAGCUCCAUGGCUCCAUCUCACAAAAAUGACACAUUGAUUGUACUAGGAAUUUAAUGUUUUUUGUAUUUUGUUUUAUUUUAAUGUUGUCCUUCUAACUUAAGAUUUUUAAUACAGUUGGCACAGUUGUCUUAA